AUGUUUGGAAAUUUUAUUAACGUAUACCGGCUGGAGGACUCCGAGAUAGGGGAACGUGAUGUUUUAUUUGUGUUUUUGAUUAUUUUAGGUCUGUUGGUGUUUAUUUGUGUUUUUGAUUGUUUUAGGUCUGAUGGUUUUUAUUUGUUUUUGAUUGUUUUAGAUCUGUUUGUGUUUAUUUGUGUUUUUGAUAAUUUUAGGUCUGUUGGUGUUAGACAGGACUCGUCAAGUAACGUCGAAGUCUUGGGUGUCCCGGUGUCUCGUGGCCAGGCUUUGUUGACCACCCCGGACUACCUGUACCAGAACACUGGAUCUUCCGCCCCAGUACUUUUGGACUACGAUCGCUUUGUGUCUAAUGUGGAAGAUAAAAUAAUGACAGACCAGGACUCGGCCCGCUCUAAGUACGAUGCGGCGUACCUUUUGUACAAGAGCAACCCUGCUAUGUUCGAAAAUAUUCCGGACUUUACAAAUCCUAGAAAUGUGUACUCACUGAUCAGCAAACGGCGCACCAAAUCGUAUGAUGACGUAUCAACUGUGUCAAGGUCAGUCGAUUCUGUGACGUCAGGUUUCCCGCGCAUUUCUCGCACGACGAGCAUGCGCGAUCUCCGGCGGGCUGCUGGGUUGCGCACUGUAUCUCGGAAGGGUCGCCAUCACAGCAGUCAGGAUCUCAGUUCUCUGACUCUAAAGGAACGAAAAGACCCGAGCAUCACCGCGCUCUUCAUCAACGCCCCCUACCUCAAUCUCAAAGACCUUGGACAUCUACCGGAAGCAGAUGUACCAAGAGCGACUCGAACAGUAUUUCCCGCUAUCUCAUCGAAAAACCGCGCUCUGAAAAAAGUUCCACCAUUCAAACUGUCAGAUGAAGACAACAGUUUCUCUCUUCCGCGUAUCCCAUCGGAUCUCGGGGAGACGUUAGCAUAUGGAACUAACGGGGAGGAGCGUGCUGACGUCAUCAAGAAGCGGAUUAUCCAUCACGAAGGUAACUCUUCGGUUACAGUGGAAAAUAAACUAAACAAGUGGUUCUCAGAAAUGCCUGCUGACAUAAAAGAGAAAGCAGACAAUUUGGCCAAUGAAGAAGAAACUCGACAAAGUGAAUGUGACUCUGUUCAGAAAAAAAUUUCCAGAAAAUCUCCCAAGGAGCGAUUGCACUUACCCGUGCUUAAACCACUAAACACAAUACCCAACCAAUUUCUGGAACUCAGAGAAAAUGUGACUCGGCCCAUCAGACGUGACGUCACAAUCGACAGAGAACAGUACAAACUGAAACAACGUUCCAUGCUGCAGCUGAAAAUGUUGGACAUGGACGAAAAUACGCGUCCCGAGCGUCAAAGGACGCAAACGGAAAACGAAGUGCAAGUGUACCCAUAUAACGCUGAAAAAUUUCAUCCCCAAGAACAGAAAACUACACUAAAGGACCUUGUUAACGCCAGAAAACAGGACGGUGACGGAGUUAAGAUUGUGAGCAUUGACGAGUUUGCAGUGGAGGCUUAUGAAAUUCACCCAAACGACAAGUUUAACUUUGCCAAACAAUCCAACGAUAUUCAGCCGGGAACAUCGGCCUUAUCCCGGGCACGGACGUCCAUGGAUUUAUCGACGAGACAGCGGAACAGUCUUUAUAACACGCCCUCCUUAAGUUUUUACCAAGACGAACAUACUGAGAAAAGGGCCAAACUGUGUGACCAACCGCUCAAUCGAGCUCUCACCGUGGUGAAGAUCGAAAAACCAAGGGAAGGUACCAAGAGCGACCUCACUGGUCCAGAAAACAGGGAACUGGCAUCCUCAGGGUCCCAUUCCUCGGUGAGCAUCAGGAACGGACGAAGCGCCAGACCACCUUCAAGGAGCACGAGCGUAGAACAAACCAGAACAGAGGCUAAAAAGGAGCUGCUGAAAUUUAAGAGACUAGACGUGUUUGGAGAUGGCAUUCCCCCAGUGUCGGCGCACGUGGCCGUAGUAGAUAAACCACUUGUGAAGUUGGACCUGCGUCGGUCGCCCCCUCAGUGGCAUAGAUCCGCAGAAACAUUUCCAAAUCCUCCGCUCCCAUUGAUUCACCGCGACAUAAAAACGGAACUCCCAGCAAUGACGUUUCAGUUUUCUACUGGUGAAGUAAUUAUCUCCAGAAACGCGGCAAAUACUUUGAGUCCCCCACGUGAUCAUCAACGUCACAGUUUUUAUCCAAGUCGAGGCCCUCUUAAACAUUCAAGUUCUACCACACCUACUCUCCCGCGUUCCGAAUCGUCCUCGGUGCCGGUUGAGAAGAUGAAUCAGCCCCCAGCAAGGUCAGUCUCAGACGACGCUUCAACCGACUGUACCAUGACGCCUGACUUUCGGAACAUCUCGGAGUUCAACCUAACGGGACGAGGAAGACCACGGGGACGCCUGUGGGACUUUGAUGGCGACGUUCCUCACCCAGAGAGUCUGCUCGGAUCCAGGAAAAACACAAUAGAGGAAAUUCCAGAGGAGACAAUGGACGAGCUCUCCCCCGACCCCCCGGUAUCUAAAACCCCGAAGGAAAUGAAGGGGCCCGCCAUCUCUGACAAUCCACCAGCAAACUCCCCCAAACAUAGUCCGAACACUACGCCAUCAGAUCAAGUUCCCUCUCCUGUAGAACUAAAAGUACAAGCAAAGGAAAUGAAAACGUCUGAAGAAGAUUCAGCGGAUCCAAACAUUAAAAGCGAGACAAAACCGACGUCUUCUUCACCAACAAUGAAAGGAGACAAAAAGGAAGAGAAAAUUGGAGAAAAGGAAGAUGUACAAGAGCUGAAGGAAGGGGGAAAAGCUGAAGAGGGGAUCAAUAAAGUGAAGGAAGAUGUGACAGCGGAAGUGGGAGAUAACAAAUCCAAGAGAGAUGUCGCAACGUCAGCGACGUCAUUAAUUGAGGCGAACGCUAAACGGCAGGCUGCCAGCAGCAAGAACACGGACCGGUCCACCGACUCCAUCACUGAAGUGUUCGGGAAAUAAAAAAACCGGACCUGUCUACCGACUCCAUCACUGAAGAGUUCAGGAAAUAAAAACAAAGUCCUGAAGGACGUUAAUCUUGGCGAUUUAAUCAACGUUAUCCGUCCUUGUUAUAAAAGUUGUUACAGUAGUAUAUUUGUUAUACUAUAUCCGCAUAGACGAUAUAUUCCUUAAAAAAGGUUUUACGAACAAUACAUGAUGAAAAGUGUUAUUAUGUACCGUAUAUACUAAUAUUCAAAAUGAAAUUUAUGUCAACUUGUGCUGACCAAUCAUUGAUCUAAGUCAUCCAUGAAUGUUAAAAGCUUACACUGCAAUGCAAUACGGUGUGCCCUCUCAAAUCCAGACUUAGUCUUUUCACCAAUCAGCGUUUGUCUUUGUGAUCACGUGAUCAUUUUUGUUAUGUGUUUUUAUGUGUUUUAUAUGUUUAUAGAAUAACUUGGUGCCAACGUUGUUGUUGAAUAAAUCAUUUUUAUCACACA